ACAACAGAACUGACAGGCGACUCCAGUCACGUCAAGGGAAAGAUGGAGCAGUACAGAUGCGAAGCGGACUUCAACAUCUUGUUAGCCACCGACUCUUACAAGGUCACGCAUUACAAACAGUACCCACCCAACACUAGUAAGGUGUACUCUUACUUUGAAUGCCGCGAGAAGAAGACAGACCCUACCAAGCCCAGAAAAGUCAAAUACGACAAAACGGUCUUCUACGGGCUUCAGUACAUUCUACACAAAUACUUAAAAGGACAGGUCAUCACAUCAGAGAAGAUUCAGGAAGCAAAAGCGGUGUACCGGGAACACUUUCAGGAUGAUGUGUUCAAUGAAAAAGGCUGGAACUACAUUCUGCAGAAAUAUAAUGGUCACCUGCCUAUCGAGAUCAAAGCUGUGCCGGAGGGAAGUGUUAUCCCACGUGGGAAUGUGCUCUUCACCGUGGAAAGCACAGAUCCGGAAUGCUACUGGCUCACUAACUGGGUAGAGACGAUCUUGGUUCAGACCUGGUAUCCCAUCACGGUGGCGACAAACUCACGAGAACAGAAAAAGAUUCUGGCCAAAUAUCUCAUGGAAACGUCAGGAAGCCUGGAGGGAUUGGAGUAUAAACUACAUGACUUUGGCUACCGAGGAGUUUCAUCUCAAGAGACGGCUGGUAUCGGUGCAUCUGCACACUUGGUAAACUUCAAAGGAACAGACACUGUGGCCGGGAUCAGCGUCAUUAAGAAGUACUACGGCACCAAAGACCCAGUUCCUGGUUUCUCCGUACCAGCUGCUGAACACAGCACAAUCACUGCCUGGGGGAAGGACCAUGAGAAAGAUGCUUUCGAGCACAUCAUAAAGCAGUUCCCCUCUGUCCCCGUGUCCAUCGUCAGUGACAGCUACGACAUCUACAACGCCUGUGAGAAGAUCUGGGGGGAAGACCUCAGGAGUCUGAUCGAGAUGAGGAGUGCAGACGCCCCUCUGGUGGUCCGACCAGAUUCAGGAAACCCUCUAGACACGGUGCUAAAGGUCCUAGAGAUUUUAGGAAAGAAAUUUGUUCCGUUUGAGAACUCCAAAGGCUACAAGGUGCUUCCACCCUACAUCCGAGUCAUUCAGGGUGACGGUGUGGACAUCAACACUCUUCAGGAGAUUGUGGAGGGCAUGAAAGAGCACAGAUGGAGCAUUGAGAACGUCGCAUUUGGCUCAGGAGGAGCUUUGCUGCAGAAACUGACCCGAGAUCUGCUCAACUGCUCUUUUAAGUGCAGUUACGUGGUGACCAACGGACUGGGCGUGAACGUCUUCAAAGAUCCAGUUGCAGACCCCAAUAAAAGGUCAAAGAAGGGUCGGCUUUCUCUUCACAGGACACCAAACGGGGAAUUUGUUACUCUAGAAGAGGGGAAGGGUGACCUGGAGGAGUAUGGAGAGGAUUUGCUGCAUACUGUGUUCCUGAACGGGAAGAUUGUUAAGACGUACACCUUCGACGAGGUCAGAGACAAUGCCAAGCUGAAGGAGAGUGAAGUGGAGGAGCUUCUGCUCUGAGCACACCUCUACCUGUCUCCCCAUCUGCCCUCUUUCUCUUCUCACUCCACACACACUACAGACCCGGUCUAAACCGCACGCCGUUGAGAGACGUGCGGGUGAGUCACCCCACAUUCAGUGUACAAAGCUGUUCUACAUUUCUCUCUUCAGACUCUGCUAGGCUUCAGUGUCUCUUUCUAAUGGUGGAGAAUCAUCAUGCUAUUUAAAUAAUUUAACAGUGUAUUUGACCAAGCGUGCUAUCGAUCACACGUCUUUGCCGGAUUGGAGACGUAUAUGUGUGUAUACCGUGAGAAGAUUUUGCUUUGCUAGUUUGACUGUAGGACUGAAAGGUCGUUCAGUGUUUGUUGAAUGUAAAUAUCGUGCGUACGGUUUAUCACUUUAUCAAAGGAUUAUUAUAUUCCUGUAUGCAAAGGAGAUGGCUGAUCUAGGGGGACACUUUUCAUUCACAUUCAUUGGCCUUGUUUUUGCUUUUCUUGUUGGGAACUUCUCACAACAGCAUGUCCAGGUCACUUUUCCACAUGUUGCAUAAACAAUAAGAUAAGAAAUCUGCUUUUAGGACCAUAAAAAUGUUUUUUGCAGUGUGACAUUAUUUUCAUGACAUUUUAACACAUUCUCACUACCCAUAAUGUAUACUGAUAUUUUAUUUUAUAAAUGUGUGUGUGUGUAUAUGCAUGUAUGUAUGUGUAUGUAUGUAUUUA